GGCUAAGUAAUCGAAGAAGUCGGACGAGUUUACUUACAGUGGAAGAUAGUCGGACGUGUUAUUGUUUUUAUGGUUUUUGAAAACUAGUUGGUAUUAGAGUUUUUGAGGUCUGAGUGAUGGCGGUUUUGACGAUGGGAGCUUUGCCUUUAGGAUUUAGAUUUAGGCCGACCGACGAGGAGCUCAUCAAUCACUACCUUAGGUUGAAGAUCAACGGUCGUCAUUCCGAGGUUCAGGUCAUUCCUGAAAUUGAUGUCUGCAAAUGGGAGCCCUGGGAUUUGCCUGGACUGUCGGUGAUAAAAUCGGACGAUCCGGAGUGGUUCUUUUUCUGUCCUCGUGACAGGAAGUACCCCAACGGCCACCGUUCCAACAGAGCAACGGAUAAAGGGUAUUGGAAAGCCACGGGGAAAGAUCGAACUAUCAAGUCUAAAAAGUCGCAUAUCGGGAUGAAGAAGACCCUUGUUUUCUACAAGGGUCGUGCUCCCAAGGGUGAGCGUACUAACUGGAUCAUGCACGAAUACCGCCCCACUACCAAGGACCUUGAUGGCACUGCCCCUGGCCAGACUGCUUUUGUUCUAUUUCGGUUGUUUCAUAAAGUAGAAGAGAAGAAUGAUGCUGCGAAGUAUGAUGAACUGGAACAAACGGGAUAUUCUCCUGCCAUUAUAAAAUCUUCUCCCGAUGAUUCUUCAUCGGAUUUUCUGCAGGAUACUGUGUCAACUGUGACACAAUCUCAAAAGCCUGAUAACUUUAUGCAAAAUGAUCAAGUAACAGGUGAUACCAGCAGCUGCAAUAGUCAUAUGACUUCUAAUGCAGAUGAUCAUGCAACAGAAGAAACUGUAGUGGAGAAAUGUCCCUUUCUGGAAGGCAAUUCAAAUUUGUAUGAACCCAAUUAUGGUGAACUUGACUACAAAGUCUUUUCACCACCAAUGAACUCGCAUUUGUUUGAAGAUCUGCCACACUGCAUUUACUCUCCUUAUGCUAAUGAAUUUGGCCAUGAUCAAAAUGGAUUUCAUUUCAACGAUGGGACAAGCGCACAAGAUGUAUCAUUCUCUUUGUUGGAUGAUGUCUUAAAUAACCAUUAUGACUCCUGUGGAGAGUCAAGCUCUCAGAAGAACUCGGUUGCCGGAACAGAGAUGCCCUUGUUUGAUAAUUCAUUCAUCUCAAAGGCAACACAACCAGAAACAUCAUAUCUCAAAGAAAAUGGCAUAUUCACUGACACAAACACUGAAAUGCCACAAUUACAGUUUGAUACAGAGGUUGGAGCUCAAAGGUGGCUUGGUGGGCAUAUGGAUAACAAGCAAGCACUGCAAAUGCAAGCUUCGUAUGAAUCUAUCCUUACUCAAACAACACAUUUUAACCAAGAGUUUAGAACCAGAAAUAUCGGUGGCUUUGGAAAUGAUUCUGUUGGCCAUGGAACUUCAUUUGCUGAUUCUCCAAUGGGUUAUAUCAAUCAUUUGCAACAAUUAACCAGUCUGAAGAAUAACGUGAAUAGUGGUGGUAUUGGAAUGAACACUGGAACUCUUGGAACUGGAAUCAAGACUAGGACCCGUGGACCUCAGCAACGACCAAAUUCAGAGAUUGUAAAUCAAGGCACUGCUUCAAGAAGAAUACGGUUGGAUAUGACAUUUUCUACUGGGCCAAUGAAAGGUUCUGUAGGCUGUGUCAAUUAUGGGAAAAUAACAAGUGCUGGCUUCACUGAAGAAGAAGAAGUUCAAUCUGCUCUAACCGAGGUCACAGAACCUGAAGCUGCAGGGGAGACUUCUAGUUCUGAUGAGUCAGAGAAGAAUAUUGCAAAUCAUGGCACUGCUCCAAGAAGAAUACGCUUGCAAAUGAAACUUCCUACUGGACCAGCGAAUUGUUCUGCAGGCUGUGGCGUUGGUGAGAAAAUGACAAGUCCUGGCCUCAGUGAAGAAGAAGUUCAAUCUGCUCUAACUGAGGUCACAGAAGCUGAAGCUAUUGGACAAACUUCUAGCUCUUAUGAGACUUCUAGCUCUGAUGAGUCGGAGAAAGAGGAUGAGUUACUCAAGUUUGAUGGCAGUGGGGAUAUUGCUGAUGAAUCUAAUACAAAACCAAGUCUUGAGGUCACAGAAGCUGAAGCUACAGGUCAAACUUCUAGCUCUUAUGAUACUUCUAGCACUGAUGAGUUGGAGAAAGAGGACGAGAUACUCAAGUUUGAUGGCAGCGGGGAUAUUGUUGAUGAAUCUAUUACAAAACCAAGGCAGAAGGUCACAGAAGUUGAAGCUACAGGCGAAACUUCUAGCUCUUAUGAGACUUCUAGCUCUGAUGAGUUGGAUAAAGGGGAUGAGUUUCUCAAGUUUGAUGGCAGCGGGGAUAUUGUUGAUGAAUCUAGUACAACACCAAGGCAGAAGGUCACAGAAGCUGAAGCUACAGGCCAAGCUUCUAGCUCUGAUGAGUCAGAGAACGAGUUACACAAGUUUGAUGGCAGCAGGGAUAUUGCUGAUGAAUCUAGUACAGAACCAAGGCAGAAGGUUUCUUUGAUGCAGGUCACUAAAGCUGAAGCUACAGGACAAACUUCUAGCCCUGAAGAGUCGGAUAAAGAGAACAAGUCGCUCAAGUUUGAUGGCAGCAGGGAUAUUGCUGAUGAAUCUUUUACACUGCAAAGGCAGAGGGUGAAGCAGAACGGUGGCAGCCAAAAGGGCCCAUCGGUGCAUUUAAAGGCAGUUACUGCUCUUCCUUACUCAAGCUUCCCUUUAACUCGUGUUUUCAGCGUUUUCAUCUUCACAGUCUUGUUUGCACUUGUCGUGGGGAUAUGGGGAUAACUUUGAUCUUGACUUCUUGAUGAUGUUGAAACAGGCUGUAGGUAGGUAGGUAAGUAGAUCGCUUUCCUGUUGAAUCUUGUAGGAAAUACGAUCAGGUUAUGUUAAUUGUGCCCUAUGUGUAGAGUAUAUUGUAUGAAGAAUAGGGGAAUGUACUUUGUAUGAUAUGGCCUUAAAUUUUACCACUGGCUUAGAGA